CUUACCUGUUGCAUUUGGCUGAUUGGAGCGCCGAGCUGCACGCCUGUAUAAUGGCCGAAAUCGUGGCAAUUGUUGCGUCGGGCUUGGCGCUCGCCGAGGUGCUGAAAAAGCUUGUGCUGCCCAAACUCAUAGAGUUGCUUCGAUCCAAGCCCACGACCGUGUCGACUAGUCUCCGAUGCACAGCAGGCAGUGACUUGGGCGCACUCGCACUGCUGCCUCGUUUCGAACCCUAUGCUUAUAACAUCGCGGUCGCGGGCACGGUGAACACGGGCAAAAGCAGCCUCGUAGAAGCGCUCCUCAAGCUGUGGGGAAACCAUCACUCAAACGACGCUGGCGUCCCGGUAACGGUGAAGCCGGGGGUGACCGCGGUGAAGCACGCCUUUGGCCCAAAUGCGUUCCUGUGGGACUUGCCAGGGGCCGGCACGACCGAGUGCCCCGCCGCGCAGUACUUCCGCGACAUGUGCCUGUCCAGCUUCGACUGCGUGUUGCUUGUCACGUCGGACACCGUUCGUGAGGCGGACGCCACCGUGAUCAAGGCCUGCAUCGCAAAGCGCCAGCACAUUGCCGUGGUCUACAACAAAGCAGACGAGGCGCUGUCCACCGAGCUGCGGAAGGGCUCCAGAAUCCGCGCAACAGACUCCCGAGCCGCCGCGGACGCCCUACGCCAGCGCAUUGGCUCCAACCUACGCGCCGUGCUGGGCCAGCCGACGGCUGCGGGCGGCGGCGACCGGUCGGUGGAUUACUUCCUGCUGAGCGCCAUGGCCCUGAGCGACAUGCUGGACGGCAUCAACAGCGGGCGCCAGGAGGGGGAGGGCCUGCUGGGCUUGUACGAGUUCGGGCCGGACAAGGCGCUGGCACGCACCGGCCUGGACGAGAUGGCGCUGUUGUCCUGGAUCCAGUCCGUGCUGCGCCUGCGUCACCCGCACUCGCCGGCGGGUGCUGGUGCAGGCGCGCCCCGCUGGCAGCCGCCAGCGCAAGCGGCGCACGAGCGGUACCCACCUGUUCCGGUUGCGCCGCCACCUACGCCACCGUUGCCAGUGUAUGGGGCGGCGCCGCUGCAGGCAGGCUUGCAACACAUGAGGAUGCCGCCCACGGCACAACCGCCACAACAGCCACAGCCACACCAGCCACCGCGCCAGCACCAGCAGCAGCAGGCAGCGGCAGCCGCCUCACCGCCACAGGCGGCACCAUCAGCAGCACCACCGGCGGCGGCGGUAUUGCCGCCGCCACCGCCAUUGCAGCGCGACCCGGCUCUGCUGUCACCAGUGCGCAGCAAUGCAGCCGCCGCAGCCGCCGCAGCUGUUGCUGCCGCCAGCUUCCCACGGCACGCGAUCCCGAGCGAGUUCAUUUGCCCAAUCACGCAGGACGUGAUGAGCGAGCCCGUGGUCACGGCGGACGGGCACUCCUACAACCGGCCCGGCAUCGAGCAGUGGCUGGCGGCCGGCAACGCCACCUCGCCACGCACCAACCUGCCGUUGGUACACACGCACCUGGUGCCCAACAAACAGCUGCGCAGCGCCAUUGCAGCCUGGAGCGCGAAAGCCGGAUACCCGCUACCAGCGGCAGCGGAUUAGUACAGGCAGAUAGGCGGACGGCAUCGAUAUUCAACCUCGCUCGCUCGGUUUGCUGAUGCAGCAUGUUGGGGUAGUGUUUUCUGGGUGCGUGGGUGAAGCUAGCACGGCGCCUGGUGGCGUGCGUGGCCGGGUGGUUGGUUAGGACUACUGCCGUGCUAGUGUGGGCAAGUGCCUGGAGGUGAGCGCGAGUGCGUCGGGCGUGGGUGGACUGAUGGUGCAUGUUUGAGGAGCAUGUUUGUUGGUACUGCAUGCCUACCGGUACCAGAGCGUUGACAGAACUCGAGUUAACGACGGUGUGUGAUGGCGUGGGGCUCCUGCCUUUGCGGCAGCAUGUGCAGGCAUGUCACGCUGGCAUGGCCGUUCGGUGUGUGCGGGGGGCGUGCUGCCCUUUGUGCCGCCAUGGACGAAGGUGGCGGAGGCGUGGCUGCGUAGGUGCCACCCGGCGGCCACGCCGCUGUGCCUGUUGUUGCGGGGUGGUGAUUCGCGCGUUCUGGACAAACCAGUUUCCCCGGGCAGCGCGCCGUUUUGCGUUUGUUUGGUGCUGCGGCUCAUUUGCCGCCCGUGACGUGGGUGGCGUCGCCCGCCCCGGGGCCCUGGGUUUCCCAUGUGCCGCUGUGGGUGAAUCCGGCACUGUGUGACAAUGAUCGGGAUUUUGACAAGGCGUUUGCAUAUGUGUUUGCCUUGCCGGGGCUUCUGUACGUGGGUCAGCUGGCAGCGCCGUGUGACCAGCUGGAGGUGCGGGCGGCCUACGCCUGCCGUGCGGGGUGGGGUGGGGUACCGGGUUUGAGGAGGCAGUGGUAGAUCUGUGUCUGAAGAAGGUGUGGCGUCCUGUGUUUGGGUGGGGGCCCCGGAGGGCGCUGCCGUCCCCGCUGGUGGGGCCUGACUCGCCCCUGCAGGCUGCAGACCGCUUUGCGGCGGCGAUCGCACUGCUCCCCACCGGCUGGGAGGCGGCGGCGGCGGAGGCCCGGGUGGCUCGUGGGAGUGCCGCUUUCGUGCCGCUCCCGGCCGGAGACGUGCAACGGGCGGUGGCUGGGGCCCUGGAGCAGGUGGCCCGGGGAUUGGGGUGGGUGCCAGACGGGGGACUGCCCCUUCUCCUGUCGAGUACUUCGUGCUGGCGGGGACGGUGAUGCAGCUCCCCAGCUGUCCGCGCUGCGGGCUAAGCAUUUGCUGUAUGUCGGGCUGCUGGGCUGCCAGAGGGGGAAGCGGCUCAGGCCGCUGGAGCCUUUGCCGGCACUCUGGCCCGUUUGUGGACGUUAAAGUGGGAGAACCGCCACAAGAAGGCGCUGUGGCGGGUGGCAGCCAAUGCUUGUUGGGCAUUUUCGAAGAAUGAUAAUCGCCGUGCGUCUGGAGUGAGGAUGCCUCUAUGUCAGGCUUGUGCGAUGGAUAUGUGUGACGGGGACCGCCGGCACCGUUUCUGGGACUGCGUUGUGGGGCGGAAGAACAUGGCCAUGGGUGCCGAGCCGGAGUCGGGGGAUGCGUGUUUCACGCGUGCUGAUCUUUGGUUGGUGCAGCUGCCUGCUGGGCUGGCGCCGCCGGUUUGGGAUGUGGUGUGUCUGGCCGCGUUGUCCGCAUGGACCUGUGUUCGCACCAGGUGGUUAUUAUGGCUGGUGUACGCGCGUGCUGAGUAUAAGUGUAUCGCUUAUCUCCGACUUCUGGGGUCGGCUGCAAUCUUAUGUUAGUCUUGGUAUAUUGGUGCCCUCUCAGCAUCCGGUACUUGCGCGGGAUGUCGGGGACUGCAUGUUCGUGGACUCCCCGCCUCCCUCGCCUUGAACCUGAGGCCUCUGGGGUGUGGGCGUCGGGUGCCGGUGAUACGGGUUUCAGUUUGCUUCGUGUUGAGUGCUCGCGCAUCCAGGGUUGCGUAGUUCGUAGUACGCGUACUAUGUACUACGUACUGUACGCUGCCCUCGUCGGCUAGUACGUUGGUAAAAUACGUUGUGCUGGGGAAACCAGCGGUGCAUGUAUGAGGAGCAUGUUUGUUCGUACUGCAUGCCUACCGGUACUACAACCGUAUAAUGUCACUCAUACGGCACUGAUCAUACUUGGUGGCACACGGAGGCAACACACGGCCCCUCCCGGAGUGGUGCUUGAAGCUAGGAGAGGCCUACCUGGGGGUUUACUAGACUGUGUGUGUUACUGAAUAAUGGGUCUGGCAUGCUGCAUACAUGCCCUUCAGACGGACAGACCUUCCGGCGGGAAGGGGUUUGAAGGAAUAGGGAAACGCAUACCGGUGAGGUACGGACGUACGGUGUGUGCCUAUCGGGCGUGCGGCUGCUCCGGUGCUAUCUACCGGACGUCACGAGUUGGAUUGCUUGUACCAGCUACUCGUAGUGAGCCGGUAGUGGGACGUACUGAGUUGAAUGUGACAAAGGUUGAUGUCAGUCUGUAAGCUCACGCUACC